GGUGCAAGCGGGUCAUUGGUGGGCUGUGGAGUCACAACACAACGUAAGAUUUCCAUAAUUUCCAGCUCGGGAGAAUUAUCUGGAGAAGUAACACUCUACUUUCUCUGGCCUCUCCGACAGGCUGUGAGUCACUGGCACUGGGCGGGACUCAGCCAGGUGUUGCUGACACUCAAUUUUGGGGCGUUCCAGGGGGUGGGCUCUUUGUGAAAAACGAUUUCAGGUUGAAAGGUGUGAAACCGAGGACACAGUUCCGAAACUCACUGGAGCACCGUCAACCGGUCCGCUUACUGGAGGUCACGUGAACCAAGUCAUCAAAAGCAGCUCCUACUCUGGGGAGCUUAAGAAAACCCAGAGUCGCGCGUACCACCCCUCUCCGCCCGGUGACUACAAAUCCCACCCUGCCCUGCGCUCGCGCACGUUACGCCAUAGCAAGAUGGCCGACACGAUGGCUUCUGCCGGGGCUGGCGGCUCCGGAACGAGAUCAGGAGGUAAACAGUCCACUAACCCUGCUGAUAACUACUAUCUGUCCCGGAGGCGAACCUUGCAGGUGGUUGUGAGCUCCUUGCUGACAGAAGCAGGGUUUGAGAGCGCUGAGAAAGCAUCUGUGGAAACACUGACAGAGAUGCUGCAGAGCUACAUUUCAGAAAUUGGGAGGAGUGCCAAGUCUUACUGUGAGCAUACAGCUAGGACCCAGCCCACGCUCUCAGAUAUCGUGGUCACACUUGUUGAGAUGGGUUUUAAUGUGGACACUCUCCCUGCCUAUGCAAAACGGUCUCAGAGGAUGGUCAUCACUGCUCCUCCGGUGACCAAUCAGCCAGUGGCCCCCAAGGCUCUCACUGCAGGGCAGAACCGACCCCACCCGCCGCACAUCCCCAGCCACUUCCCUGAGUUCCCCGACCCCCACACCUACAUCAAAACUCCGACAUACCGCGAGCCUGUGUCCGACUACCAGGUCCUGCGGGAGAAGGCUGCAUCCCAGAGACGUGACGUGGAGCGGGCACUCACCCGUUUUAUGGCCAAGACAGGCGAGACCCAGAGUCUUUUCAAAGAUGACGUCAGCACGUUUCCAUUGAUUGCUGCCCGACCUUUCUCCAUCCCCUACCUGACCGCUCUUCUUCCAUCUGAACUGGAGAUGCAACAAAUGGAGGAGACCGACUCCUCAGAGCAGGAUGAGCAGACCGACACAGAGAACCUCCCUCUUCACAUCAGCACGGAUGAUUCUGGAGCCGAGAAGGAGAAUACCUCUGUCCUGCAGCAGAACCCCUCCUUGUCGGGGAGCCGGAACGGGGAAGAGAACAUCAUCGAUAACCCCUACCUGCGCCCUGUGAAGAAACCCAAGAUCCGCAGGAAGAAGUCUCUCUCGUGAGCUGAGAAGGAAGCCUGCCCUGUGCAGAGAUGUGGACACCACCCUCCUGAGGGAGUUGAAGUCACUCAAGGGAAGCAGAGAGGGUGGCCUUCCCCUGGUCGGCCGAGGCUGCUGCGGUGUGACCGGACAAGAUUUUAAUAGCAAACUCUGUGUUAAGAUUUCCUAUUUUCACUGGGUGUUUGGGUUGAGGAAGGUAUGAUGGUAAUAGUAGGAGGCCUUUUUAACCAACCAGGCUGUACUGUAGGGCACAGGAGCAGCCGAUAACUUCAUCUGUUGUCACGAGACCUGAUUCCUUUGAAACCAGGCAGGGCGGCGGGAAAGGAGGGUCCGGCGCCUUCUCGACUUGUUGCCAGAGAGACUGUUUGCCUGUUUCUGUUUCAGGCUAUUAGGACGCCUGUUACUGACCACAGACGAUUUGUAGCACCAGCAUAUCAUCCUAAAACCUCCUAUGUCUUUCCUCACCUGGGCUUCACGUGCCCUGUUGAGCUGACCAGAGGUGACUUUGCCUUCCCUCACCUUGGGACAGGAGGCCCACAUGUCACUCCUUGAGGUGGGGCCGGCAGGAACUGGGAGGUGGGAGCAGAAACCUAACGUGGAGGGGAGCGGUGCAUAGCCGUGCACCGAGUCUCAUCAGCCUUUGAUGGGGGCUCCCUGAAACAAGGCAACUCUGCUGGAACACUUAUCAUUUAUUGUCCCUCUUGGAAUGUGUGCUUGGGAACGACCAAGGCCUGCCCCAUCCUGGGAAGAGUUUUCUCUGACAAGAGCCUCUGUCAGUGAUAUGUCGUGCUGUGACUUGAGAGAGGAAUCACCAAUUGUAAACAGCAGGGAAGGGAUUUGAUGGGGCGCGGAGAGUGGGCCUGAGUUCUUGAGGGCUGGGCUGGCCCUGCGCCCUGAGAGCAGAGAAGCCUGGCUGGUGUGCUGGGGGGCGGCGCGGGCAGAAAGCCGCGCUCCCACCUUACGCAGAAGCGCGCUGAUGGGAGCCAGCAGCCAGGCCGGGUGUUCCUCCAGAAGCAGGUCUGAAUCUGUUCAAUCUCUUUGCUUCCCGGGGAGAGAUUUCAUCCUACGUGUACUCUGCAGAUCAGAAAACAAGUGCUUAAGGAAGAUGCUGGGCGAGCCGGUCCCUCCUGGCUGGUCUCCGAAGGAAGAGACGUGCCCGUGGCGCCUGGAGGUUGCCGCGGGACAGACGAGGCGCGCCCCGGGCUAGCGCCGCCCUCAUGUCCGCACCAGGCUUUCCUGCGCUUGGCCCCACGUCAUCUCUCCAUCUCCCAUGCUCUUGGUGAACUUGAAAACUCAAAAAACUUGGUGGCUCGACGGCAGGCGCCACGUCCCUCUGGCCUCACUGUUCUGCAGGGCACUCCACCUCGUCACUGAGAAGGAAGGGCUGCUUGUCAGUCACUGAAGAGGGGGUCCCAGCUCUGGACCAAAUGCGAGUUUUUCAGGUUUGUGGUGACCUGUGUGAAACUCUUCCCGCUGAGAGCGGUCAGGUGGGCCCGUCCGACCCUGGGAGUCUGUGGUUGGCUCUUGGCGACUCUUGGUCUGUUGAGUUUGACGCCAGCCCCAGGUCCGAGUCGCGGCAGAGGCAGGGGAAACCUUCCUGGCUUGCAGUCUGCACGGCUCCCAGAGCUGUCACCCUGUCAGUGUUCCUGAGGGCCCUCCCGCCAUUGCCAUUCAGAACCCACCCCCGGAGUGCCAUGCGCUGCGGCAGAAGGCGAGAUCUGGAGAAGUCACCAGUUCUGCGGCAGGGACUCCAUGCUGGAGGUGGCACCAGGAGGUGGUUAGACUGCUGGAAACGCUGGCCGGACCGUCGUUUUAUAAAAGCUGUGCCUACUCCUCGGCGUAUAUGGACACAUUUCUAUUUUUUAUAAUUUGGGGGCAGUUCUUGGAGGGGAAAAGUAGUAAACACAGAUUAAGAAUGUGAGUUGUAAGCUCUUAAUAAAGGUCAUGAGCAAAACUUUGUCAAUGGAACAAUUUUAUAAGCU